GCUCUCUUCGAUCGUCUUGAAUAGAUAGAUAGUGCUUUCUUUCUCUUGUCAAAUGCAAUCUCCUACUCCAGAGCUAUGUCAACAACACCAAACCUUACCCAAUACCUGAACGCCUCGGUCAACGCGCCGACGAUCCCGAGCCUUCCCGCCACCGUCGACGGCGACGAUCGGAGCUCUUCCACCUCAUUAAACUGCCAUGGCCUCUGGUACGACGCCGUCCUCGUCGUCUCUUCCCUCCUUUUCCUGCUCUACUUGGCCUUCCACGCCAAGAAGAACCUCAAGAAACUCUCUAAUGGCAGCUCGUACAUCAUGAUUUCCUAUUAUGCCCUCGUCUGGGUCGCCGCGCUUCUCAACCUCGCCUGGUCCGCUCUUCAGGGUUGGCAGUGCUCUGGUGGAAAGGCGGUGGCUUGGAAUGUGCUGUGUUUGUUCACAGCUUCUGCGAUGAUGUGCUUGGAGAUUAGUUUGGUGGCUUUUUUGCUCCAGGAUAAUUACACAAGUGGGGUUGAUGCUUUGGCUCAGACUUUCCUUAUCUCCGGGAUCGUUGUGAGUGUGGAUAUGCUGCUCAAGGCAAUCUAUGUAUUUGGAUUUGGCGUCCCUCUCUUCAUGGUUGGUAUUGGAGGUACAACUGGAGCCUUGUGGGGCCUAUGGUUCUUCCACAAAUUGUUGCUCACUGCAGUUUAUGGCUUCAUAUUGUUUGUGCAUUUCUCUAAAUGGAGAGAAAAGCUUCCACCCAGACCAGCCUUUUACAACUACAUUCUCAUAAUGUUUGCGUUUGGUGCUGUGACAUUGUUGGCUUGUGGGCUUGCUGGAAUCGGGGCUGGUUUUGGCAUUUGGUUGUACAAUUUGACAGAUAUAUGUUACCACUCUCUCUAUCUUCCAUUUCUAUAUGUAACCUUUCUGGCAGAUUUUUUCCAGGAAGAAGAAUUUCUUCUGGAUAAUGCAUAUUACUCUGAGAUGAAGGAUGCAGGGUUCUUUGAUGCUGAUUGGGAUUAGCCCCUUGGUAAACUGUAGCCUUGCUUUGUAUACCUUGUAAAUAAGAUACCAUUUGCAUUUCAAGGGUAUGUUAGCGCAUUAAAUGAAAACCAUACACCCUUUGGGUGAAAAUUGUAAAUGCAACUUUGUGAAGUUAGUGAGAGCAAAUCUAAUUUCAUUACCAUUUCUGCUUG